GUCGGCAUUAGACACCGCGCGCGCGGACACGGUCGCCGUGCAAUGCACGCGUAGAUAUACAAGUUUCCACCAUGCUCGUGCCUCCCGAGAUGAUGGCGGCUCAAUCUAAAUUGGUGUAUCAAAUGAACAAAUAUUACAACGAACGAGUAGCGAAUCGGAAAGCACAAAUCACAAAAACCAUUCACGAAGUCUGCAGGAUCGUUCAGGAUGUGCUCAAAGAAGUAGAGCUUCAAGAGCCAAGGUUCAUCUCUUCGCUGACGGAUUACAAUGGACGAUUCGAAGGUUUGGAAGUGGUGUCACCGAACGAGUUUGAAAUUGUGAUUUAUUUAAAUCAAAUGGGUGUUCUCAAUUUUGUGGACGACGGAUCUUUACCUGGAUGUGCUGUGCUCAAACUGAGUGACGGCAGGAAACGCUCCAUGUCCCUCUGGGUAGAGUUCAUCACGGCGUCGGGGUACCUGUCCGCGAGGAAGAUCAGGUCUCGAUUCCAGACGCUGGUGGCUCAAGCGUGUGACAAAUGUUCCUAUAGAGACUGCGUUAAAAUGAUCGCAGAAACCACAGAAGUGAAAUUGCGUAUACGAGAACGAUAUAUUGUGCAAAUAACUCCAGCUUUCAAGUGUGCCGGUCUGUGGCCACGAUCGGCGGCACACUGGCCACUGCCCGCUAUUCCAUGGCCACAUCCAAAUAUCGUAGCCGAAGUGAAAACGGAAGGAUUUGAUCUCUUAUCGAAGGAAUGUUUGACUUUGCAGGGAAAGAAUUCCGCAAUGGAAGGAGAUGCUUGGGUAUUAAAUUUCCUGGAAGCCGAAAACAGGCUUCUGCAAGGCGGGUGCCGGCGGAAAUGUCUCAGCUUACUUAAAACAAUACGAGACAGGCAUUUAGACCUGCCGGGUAACCCGGUCACCUGCUAUCAUAUGAAGACGCUGCUUCUAUACGAAUGUGAGAAACAUCCGCGGGAACACGAAUGGGACGAAGCCGCCAUCGGAGACAGGAUCAAUGGCAUAUUCCUUCAGCUGAUAUCCUCGCUGCAAUGUCGCAGGUGUCCGCACUACUUCCUGCCUCACGUGGACUUGUUCAAAGGCAAGUCGCCGACGGCGCUGGAGAACGCCGCGAAGCAAGUGUGGCGAUUAACGAGGGAGAUACUCACGAAUUCCAGAGCCUUCGAAAAGCUGUGAGCUCAGAGAAGAUUGGUACAUUCGUAAUGAGUUCGCGUCGCAUUGCAGUGCAGUGUUGUGAAUAAUCCUAUAAUAUUCAAUCUCGAGUCAUUUUAGUAGGUGUAGUUGUAAGGAAACCGUUGGUUUGUUUUGAUUAGAAUGUGCUGAACGAAGUGACUUAAAAGUAUACGCGAAUUAUGUUUUACUUUUGUGAAAUUUUUCGAAAAUUCCACUCGGCUACAGACUGUAAGUAGACGUGAUAAUUAUUAAGAUUACGAACGUUUUCGAUAAUUAUUAUUUGUGAUAUAAUGUAAAUAGCUUACUUGUUGUACAAUUUUAGUGAUAUUUAAUUUAAAAAGGACACCCUGUAUUUAUUUGACUGAAAUCUUAUAAUAGUAGGCGUAUAA